UGAAGCGGUAUAGGUAUCGCCAUCCACACCUGAAUCCCAGGGAUGCUAAGUUACAUCAUUCCUGUAAGUGUCACUGUUGGAGCAUCAUAUAUUGGUUACCUAUCAUACCAGUCCUUCAGCAACAUGCCUAAGUGCACCAGUAAGGCCAAGCUGGAUGGGAAGACAGUCAUCAUCACUGGGGCAAACACAGGUAUUGGCUUAGCUACUGCCAGAGAUAUGGCCAGACGAGGGGCACGUGUUAUCCUAGCAUGUCGAAGCCUGGAGAGAGCCAACACAGCAGCUCAGGAUAUCAUAUCUACAACAGAAAAUCAAGAUGUCAUUGUGAAACAGAUCGAUUUGACAUCAAUGGAGUCUGUGAGGAACUUCGCUGCAGAGAUAUAUAAAGAGGAGGCCAGGGUGGAUAUACUUAUCAACAAUGCAGGGCUUUCUGCCUUGCCUCAUAAGAUGACCUCUGAUGGCAUAGAGAUCACCAUGGCAGCAAAUCACCAUGGGCAUUUCCUCCUUACUAAUCUGUUGUUAGACAAAAUCAAGAAAUCUGCGCCGAGUCGCAUCGUAAACCUCUCUUCCCUCGGUCAUAAAUGGGCAAAACUUGACUGGGACAAAAUCAAUGGAGAAAUGACAGCAGGCACAAAGAUGUUGGAGAAACAUGAAGGGAAUGUCUACUUUGUUAGCAAACUUUGUAAUAUUUUGUUUACCAAAGAACUCAGUGAGAGAUUACAAGGGACGGGUGUAACAUGUAAUUCAGUGCACCCAGGAACUGUGAAGACAGAAUUGUUCAGAAACUCACCGGGUUGGUUGCAGAGUAUAGUCUCAGUCGUAGGCGGACUUUUCCUCAAGAGUCCAGAGCAAGGUGCCCAGACUAGUAUUCACUGUGCAGUCUCUGAAGAUAUAGAGGGAGUUACUGGUCGCUAUUUCUCUAACUGCAGAGUGGAUAAUGAAAGUGAGGCUGCAAAAAGUACUGAGAGUGCCAAGAAAUUAUGGGAUAUAAGUGCCAAGUUGACAGGACUUAAUGAGACCACGGAGGCAUCUAAAAUAUAAAACAAGCAUAAUUGAAUGGACCAUUUCAAUGAUCUAGCAUAACAUGGUCAUAGCCAGCCAUAAUAUAAGCAGAUGAUGGGACUUUACUGCCUUGCCAAAAUUUUGCCUAAAAUGUUAUUUACACAGCCAUUUUUUAAUAUUGAAACUGUAAAAAUCAAUUUUACUCAAUUUUUGCCUCACCUAUAAAAAUAUGCCUCGCCAAUUUUAAGACCCUGGCUACACUCUUGAUGAGAAUCACAAUUUAUCGCCAAAUUGAUAAAAACAAAAUUUCUUGACAUUUAAAUAAACAAUCAUCAAUAUGCCAAAUCCCACUGAGACAAGAAAAUGGGGAGCUGGGUAUCUCCUUUUUUACAUAUUUCUGGCCAGAUGUGUCAUCUUUACUUUUGAAGUGUUACCAGGUAACACUAAUUCAGUAGACAAUCAAAAGACAGAUAAAGCCAAAUCUUAGGCUCGUCAGGUUUUGCCUCCUGUAUAGAGAGCAUAUAUUAUUAAUCUUAUCUGUUGACAAUGUCAACAGAAUGUUUUUGUUAUUGUUAUUUACCUCUUCACAAACACCCUUUUAAUUCUUAUGUCACCACCACAAUAUUGUUAUAGUCUCCAACUUUUUUGUAGAUGGUGUUUG